AGGGCUUGAGGAGAGGGAUGCCGCACUAAGAGUGUGCACCCCCUAUUCGGCCCAGAGUCCUGACCCCUCAAUUUCAUAUCAAAAUUCAAAAGCGGGAAGGGCGGAAUCUUCUGGAAAGGGGCUCAGAUGGGACGCGGGACGGGGGGGCGGGGGGCGGUGAGGAAAGAGCAGAUGGUGGAUAUUUUUUUUCUUGUUGUUUUUUUGUUUUUCUCUCUCCUGGUGAACGAGGGGCACCGCGGGCCACCCCUCCUCCUGAACGCCCCCCCAACUGCGCAUGCGCACUCAGGUGGCGGGCGGGUACUUAAGGCGCGGCCACCGCGGCUGCGGCAGUGCGCCCAUCAGCGGACUCCAGGAGACCAGCGGACUCCAGGAGACCAGCGGACCUCGGCGAACCCUCGCUCGACCCAUCCACCACUCUCGGAACCAUGGCGGCAGUGGCGGCGGCCUCAGCUGAACUGCUCAUCAUUGGCUGGUACAUCUUUCGCGUGCUGCUGCAGGUGUUCCUGGAAUGCUGCAUUUACUGGGUAGGAUUCGCUUUUCGAAAUCCUCCAGGGACACAGCCCAUUGCAAGAAGUGAGGUAUACCUAAGUGUGGCUCCAAUCAGCUUGCCGCCACGCAGCCCUCAGCACAGCUGGAAAAGCUCCAGCUGCUCUGACUCGUGGACAAGCUGCGCCCCGGCCCGCCUCUCCAGCUCAUGCUGGACAGGCGGGCGGGGCGGGGGGUGGGGCCGGGGUGGGCAGGGUAGCUCCUCGGACUGGCUACUGGUACGCUCCACUAAGGUCAGGUUUCUUGCCACAGGUGUUCAGGUACUCCCUGCAGAAGCUGGCCUACACGGUGUCGCGGACCGGGCGGCAGGUGCUGGGGGAGCGCCGGCAGCGGGCCCCCAACUGAGGGCCCACCUCCCAGCCCUGGGCGGCCGUGUCAUCAGGUGCUCCUGUGCAUCUCGUCCAGCACAGGAGCCAAUGCCGCGCAGGAAUGGGGGGUCCCCCGUGCUCCCUCGCCAGAGGGGCACUAGCCAAGGUCAGUGAGGGGCCGGUAGGCCCCUCGGAGAAGCGACAAUGACGACGAAACCAGAUCCCUUCCCGGUCCCUUUGCACCCGUCCCAUUUGUGGGCGGGGCGGGAGGAUGGGGGGGGAUGAGGAGCAGACCCCCGUCUGGGCAUAGGCACGACAUUCUGAUCUGGAGGAAGCCGGGACAGUGCCAUCCCAGCCGGCAAGCCACGGGCCAUACCAGCAGGCCCUACCAUGGAAGUCCAACACAUUCCAGCGGCCAGCAGAAUGGACAUUCUGACAUCACCAGCCGAAAAGCCCUGAAUCUCAAGUGCAGCAGAAAAAGCAACACCUCUGUGCCUGUGUGGCGGGACUGAGGGGGCGGGGCAUGAGCAUGGAGGGUGGAAGGAGGGGGUUAAGAAAUUGAGCGGGGCCCUCUCACUGUCCCUUGCCUAUGGCACCUGUAUUCCAUCCUUGCUGCCUCUGCCCCUCAUUCCCCCUUUUCCCUACUGCCUCCCAAGCCCACUCCCCCUCCCCCAAAUGUGUCACUUGAUUCGGACCUGUUCAACCAGCAAAUUAAUCCCAUCUCUACUAAAACACCUUCUCCGAAACCCCCCGCCCCUCACUGAUCUUGCUUUCCCCAGUCUCAUGCAAUUGUGGUAGAUGUAGUAAACGCUAAUAGCAU